ACAGUAGAGGGCACACUUGAUGCUAUGGAAACUUAUUUCAUACCAAGACAAAAUGUAGUAUAUGAGCGCUACAUAUUCUUUACCUGUGAUCAUGGAGAACAUCAGUCUGUCGAUGAGUACAUUAUAAAACUGCAACAUCUCGCCAGUACUUGUGAAUUUGGAACUCUGCAUGAUGACCUGAUUAGGGACAGACUUGUUCUAGGAACCAAGAAUAGUGCUGCUCGACCAAGAAUGUUAUGA